AAAUCCCUUAUGACUUAUGACAUGCGCAGGAUGUGUCAGAUGGUAUAGAUAAAUCAUGGGAUCAUCCAUGGACUACUGAAGAGAUGAGAAAGAAGAGAAGGGAGUGGAGUUUGGCGGGUGAUGUUGGACUUCUUAAACAUCUUCAGCAAUUUUCUGAAAAUCUAGUGUCUAAAGCUAACAAGACUCAAGCUGCUCUGGACACGUUGACGACACAAUUAAAAGAAACAGGGAUACUAGUGGAUAAUGUUACUAAUACGUCUCUGGCUUUGGCCAAUACUCAGUUCAUCGAGAGCCGAGUGCAGGAGGAUGACAUAGAGAUUAAGGAGAAUUUGGAUGAGAAGCAAGAAAAUGCGAAAAUUCAAGAGUCCACGCCAGAGAAUCUCUUGGCCAGCAUAAGCGAGAGUGUUAAGCAAGGUUUAAGUAUAAUGGAUGAAAAGUACAAAGUAAUGGAUGUAGCUUGCAGCGAUAGCGAAGAAGAAGAUGAAGGAGGUGCGGUAGUAUUCAGUGUUAUUGUGGGACCUAAUGAUCCAUAUCAAGAUCGGCCCUUACCAUAUGUUAUCGGUUCCGAUAAAUGGAUAGCAUCGAAUAAGAUAGGUUUGGAGAGUAGCAGUAGCGAAUCUGAACAAGCCGACGAAGAGAGAGAUGAAUCGGAAAGUGAAAAGGAGGAUACCGAUGUGCGGAAAGUGUUUAACAGUCGACACAAUCCGGAGAUAAAUAUAGCGAGAUUGUCGUCGUCCUCUAGCGAUUCAGAUAAUUAUAAUGAUCACAGCAAUAACAUAUCGUACGAGAAUAAUAAAACGGAUAUUACAUCUCAGAAUAAUAUAAAUUCCGCUUCAGAGUCUGCCACACCUAAUAAUGUAUCGAAGUCAAAUGAAACGACACCGAAUUUUGCAGAGGAAUUAGCCAAACGAUUAGGCACCGUUCGCCAAGUACAAAAACCUGUCGCAGUAGAUGAAAUCAGUGAAUCAUCGAUUAAUCGAUUUAAAGAUGAUCUGUUUGCGUCCGAGAAGGAUGAAGGUGUGUUCAACGGUUCUGACAAUCUAUUUAGCAGUAAAAAAGAUCUCUUUGACGAUCAAGUAUCUGCCAAUCUGUGGAAGGAAAAGCCAAUCAAAUCUUACAAAAAUAAUAAUAUUAUACCAGCCAGUAUCGACGUGCCGCCGCCGAUUAGUAUAAUUUCAACAAAGCCAAAGUCAGCAAUAGACGAUCUAUUUGCCGAUGCUGAUUCGGAAGAAGACUCAGAUGACAUUUUCUCGUCGAAAAACGUCAAAAAACGCCCGAAGGAACCUGUCGCGAGCGAUAACGCUUAUCCCGCGAACAUGGAGGAUCUGCCGAAGAAAUUUUUAGACGUUAUUGCUCCCGGUAAAAUCGCCACAAGCACACCGGAAUCUAAUAUCGUUAACACCACGAGCUUAUUUAGUGACGAUGAGAACGAUGACGCAGAUCUGUUUGGUAACUCCAAAAAGCAAUCUCACCAACCUGCGAAUGCGCCAUCGAAUACGACUCAAGAAUCAAGUAAAAAGAAACCUAUUGGAGGCGAGUGGAUACUCGGCAAUGUUUUGGCAUCAGACAUUGAGAGCAAACUAUCGAGUCGGAUAAUGCAGCGACGACAAGAGUCGUCCGAAUCAUCCGAUAGCGACGCGCCAGGAAACUUUGAUAGCGCGACGAGAAGCAACGUUGAGUCAGCAUCCACGACCACGAAUCACAGUUCGCAAAAUCCCGCGGAGAAUUUAUCCGCAAUUGGGAGCAACACCAGCAGCGGAGUAUCGAUGCAACCGCCCAGUAUCGACAUCACAACCGGAUCCGGUUUAUCGAAUUUUCCUAGCCCGCGGAUGUCCUCGACAAGGGUCAAGUCUGAGGAGAUCUAUCGUGAGCGUAUUACCAGUGACAGUCUGUUUACGGCACGAACGUAUUAUCCUGCCAAUGCCAACUCGGCAAAUGCCAACAGUGAUAAUCAGCAGCAACAACAACAGCAAUCGAGACAGGAGCAGCAAGGUACCUCGUCGGCGUUAUUACAGGACGACGUAUUCGAAAACGACUUGUUCGAACCGCCACCAUUACCCAGUAAACCGGAGCGAACAACCAAAUCAAAGAUCUCGUCACUCUUUGACGACUCUGAUUCCGGUGAUGAGUUCUUCUCCGUCGCUAGCUCUGGUUCUAGAUCACAGAAGAGCACGGAUUUCCACGUCACAGUAUCGAGUGACCGGAUGAAAUCAGUCCCGAAAAGUGGCGGUCUAUUUGAUGACGACGUAGACAUAUUCGGCAAAGACGCCCCAGACGUCGAUAUAUUUGGGGCAGCAUCGAAAUCGGGUUCAAGAGAUGCAGCUUCAAAUGGUCCGAACUCGGUAAUACCCAAGAAUAACAACGACAAUUCACAAAAUACGAGGAUGGAACCAAAGAAGAUCAGUCUGUUCGACGAUGAUGAUGAUGGCGACUUGUUCGACGCGAAGCCGACGAAAUUAAAGAACGAACGUAAAACUGAUCUCUUUGAGGAUGAGGAUGACCUGUUUCUAUCCAACAAGACCUCUUCAAUAGAAAAAGAUGUAGCAGUUAAACCAAAAAUCGACAUCUCUAAGAACAUCUCUAGUCUCGAAACUGAAAAGAAGAAUAGAAAUGAUUCUCCAGAUCAUUUGGAUGAACUAUUUUCGAAAACAACGAGACCCCAUAGUCUUCUGUUUGAGGAUGACGAUUAUGACGAUCUUUUUGGCAAGAAGAACACAGCGCCAUGCGAUAACAAUCAAGUGAAAUCUAAAGAAGAAGCCAGUAAAGACAUUGCCGAGCAGACAGAGAAACUUCCUGAAGAAAAUAAAAACCAAAGAGAGUCAUCAAAUUUAAAUCGUGAUGUCAAGGCAAUCGUAGAGUCAAGCGUUGUGAGGAAUGACGUGGAUGAAGAAAAAAGUGAAGCUGAAAUCAAGGAAAUAUCUUCCAACAUUGAAGAAGAUGGCAUAGUAAAAAAAAAUUCUCCACCAAAAACUCUGAGCAUCCGGACGAUCUCACCGCCGUCUGAGGAACAUGGCAAUCAACAAGUACCUCGACGUUUAGUAUCCGGUAAGAUAAAGAAUCUAAUGGGCAAGAUGGGUGAUUUGAAAAUACUUUCACCAAUGGAUACACCGCCAUUAUGGAGAAGAAGCGAAGAUAAGACGGAUGAGGAAGAAGACGUCGUGGAUCGGGACAUCGCAGAUCUGGGCGUCAGUGGUCACGUUUCACCUCCAAGUAUAUCAGAAGGUAGCACACGGAAAGAAUCCUCUUAUUCAACAAUUUCCACCAUUAGCAACGCGGAAGCGGCCAUAAAUUUCGAUGAUCUGGCUCAAGUAGAAACAUUAUCUACUACUGCGUCCAAGAGCCGAGUGAGGAUUCAAGCUAAACGCCGUCCUCAAAGUCGACACGCUCGGAAAUCUGCCCUAAGGCAUAGCGGUAUCGACUUCGACACGAUUGACAAUGCGGACAACGAUAAUUCUCAGGAGGAGAGUCAUACUAGCACCUGUUCGUCCAGCAAAGAUCCAUCUGCCGCUUUGACAAUCAGUGUCUCUGAUCGCUUAAUUGCCAAUGACAAUAUUCAUCGCACGGCGGUCGAUCCUGCUUCUACGGACGACAGAUCUGAGCUGGGUAGUAUUAGCAAGGAGAGCUCGAUGAGCGUAAACAAGAACACUCUUCUGUCUCCAUCCACUGAUGAAGAGGAUUUGUUUGAUGUACCACCAGAUUUGCCGGAAGAUCCACAGAAGGAGGACGCUUUAUUUGGCAGGGCACCAAUACUCUCACCGAUUGACGGCGGGCAAUCGGAUAAAACGCCCGUCAUUGUCAAACCUUUAAUAGAUACCGUGAUCAGAAAGGUCGAUGAAAUUGAUACUGACGUGAAUGCAAUGAACAACGAAAGUAAUAAACAAAAUUCUAGCGAAUUUGCGCGAUCGGAUGUCGAUACUAAAUCAGAUACGCAGAAGAGUACCAAAAAUGAUAAACAUAAGAAAAUCGAUGAUGGGCAAGGUAACGUAAGAAAAGCAUCUAGCGAGGAGCCGAGCGAUCCUCUACGCGACAGCACCCACGAUCCACUGAAGGAUCCUAGUCAGUUGUUCGCGUUUGUCACGAAGACGCCAUCGCCUGAGAAAAGCAAAGGACUGUUAUUUUCUGAGCCGGACGAUAGUCUCUUCUCUAGCAGCUCAGCAAAAAAUCCGAAUGAGUCACAGAAGAAAAUCUUAGAUCUGUUUGCGGAAGACGAUAUGGGCGGCGAUCUAUUUUUCACAGCACCAUUGAAGAAGACGAUGAAAAAGCCAUUGCGAGACACGAAGAUCGGUCUCUUCGGUGAUGAUGACGACGCGCAAAACGACGAUGACAGUCUCUUCGGCAAUUCGUCCAGCAAAGCGAAGUUUGAUAAUCAACCAUCAAAUUCUAUUUUAGCCGGGCGAAAAAAGAACAAUAUUUUCGACGAUGACGACGACGAUGAUUCUAGCUUGUUCAUCGAGUCAUCCGGUCAUUCGCAGAAAUCGGACAGCGCGUCGUUCUCGGAGUCUAAGCAAGACUCUCAAAUCGAUUCUCAAACCAAGAGCUCGAAUUUAAAAGAUAUCUUCGGCAACGCACCGCAUGACGGUAAUGAUGACGAUAUCGAUCUUUUUGCUACGAAGAAAAUUGUUCCUAAGAAAGUUGUCGCGCCGUCCAAAUCCCUAUUCGCGUCGGACGAUGAUGACGACGGCCAUAUUUUCGGCAAGCAGCCAUCUGCGUCGACGGAAUCGAAGGCGAGGACGACGAUGAUCGCACCGAGUUCAAAAUUGGCCAUGAAGAAAUCGAUAACUAAAGAUUUGAAGAAAACGGCCGAAAAAAUCAUCGAAGAUCCACUAAGCCUCCUUCAAGACGACUAACUCAGUUUCCUUAAGAUAAGAUGAGAUUUUUAGCUAUACAACGCUUAGCUACAAAAGUUUAUACGUGUUUAAAAAAGUGAGAGAUGUUGAAUGAAGUACAAAAAUUAGAAGAGAAGCUUAUCUUUUUGUUCUGCCAUUUCUUCAAAGAAUUGUUUGUAUUACACUAUUGUAUGUAUGUGUGAGCAUGCGUGUAUGGUUAAAAUUAAUUUAUUAGGUAUAGGAAAAAGUU